AUGACUAUGGUUCGGCAGUACCCCCCGCAACCGCCGUCGCAGCUUCCCUCGACCGUGGCCUACAACAACAUCGCACCUGCCCCAUCUCACCCCUCGUUCCUUCGCAAUGCCACCAACCUCGAGGGUCAUAGCCUUGCCCAGCACGCAAGACCGCAGCAGUACGCCCAUCCGCUAUCGAGACAUAACUCAUAUGGCUCGCAGCCUUCCGAAGCUGGCCGCACACCUAAACCUGCAGAGCACAUGCUUCGCCGUAAGACGCCUAACGGAAUCUUGGCAGCUGCGUAUGAUGGCACAUCUGUUGAGAAGAACGGAGAGCCACAUGCAACCAAACACAUCCUUCUUCCCGUGACAGCUGAAUCAAAGUUACCGUACGGUGUCAAGCAGGACCUUCCUCUGCGCUCACCGGGUAUCAACAGUGGCCUAGGACAUAACCCACAGGACACGUCAGAAUGGAGUCCCAGUCGCUACUUCGAGACCGGCACAGGGCUCCCGGGCCAGCAUCUACCCCAGAUUGAUUCUAUGCUCAACCAAAUUCCUCCAUUGCAACCUCUUCUACCCUAUCAAAUGUACGGCCAUCCCUUCUGCGGACCCAUGGGCCCACCCUUUCAGACGCCGCUGAAUCCAACUGUUUCUAAUGACCAAGGGCCGUUCGGACCCUAUUGGCACGACGGCACUUACAUUCCCUAUCGCCCUGCUGCUAUGCGGGAUCCUCGCUUCUUACAUCAUCCCAGUCAUAACUGGAGUCACCCUCACAGUAACGCCUACAAUAGCCACGCAUACAAUGCCAUGCCCAACUAUACUCACUAUCAGCAAAACCCCAUUCACCUAGAUUAUGGCCAAUCCGCGUACAACCAUGCAGGGAGGCCGUCAGUAGACUUCCCACCCUAUGGACAGCCUCAAAAUCAUGUCGCGCUAGACUACCAGAAUCAGUCGCUUCCUCCUCCGCUUACACAACGUGCCCAGGACUAUCUGAACUCUGGCCAGACAACGCCAGUCCAAGAGUUCACCCCGGCUAUACCGAACGACGAGUACGGGCUGCAGUCACCAAAUGGCCAAAGCAGAGAGAAAGUAUUCGCUUGGGCUCACGCAGUAUAUGUCGACCUACUCAGACCCCACAUCUAUCCGAAGCCACCACGACAACCUGGACUCAGCCUUUCGAGUUCUGCUACUGGUAGCAUGCCGUCUCUAGAGCGACGUGUCUCGUAUCCUGUUCCUACCCAAUAUGCUUCCCAAUCCAGAACAGAGUUCGCAUCCAGGAGACCUGCAAUGCCGCAUUCGCGCUCUCUGUCUGCGUGGUCAAUAGGCAGUGCAGAUCCCAAUGGUCAAUCUUGGCAAGGCAUGGCGCCACAACACCCCAUGCUCCCCCCAAUGCCAGGCAUGGAGCCACCACGUACCCUACGGCGAACUUCCGGCUCUGUUGCCAGCGCUCAUCAAAACCUCCGCCAGGGUUUGCCUCCGAGCAUGACGGCUGCCUCAGCACUCGAAGCGAUCACCAAGCAUUGCGAAGAAAGUAAAUGGAGCUGGAUAGAUGGCAUUCUUCUGGGCGGUUGUCUAGCAUAUGCACUAGGUGACUACCAAAAAGCCCAGGAUUGGUACAAACAUAUCCUUACGUUGGAUAAAGAUCAUGUUGAAGCAAUAUCGAAUCUUGCGGCCACUAUGCUUGCUCUCCAACAGAAGCGCGAAGCAGAAGACUACUGGAGACGCGCAGUCAAACUUCGACCCAGUUACUUUGAGGCAGUUGAACACCUGAUUGGCUUACUUUGCAGUGACCAUAAAGGUCGUGAAGCGGUUCAGGUCAUUGAAGAAGUCGAACGCCAACUGAGAUUCGCCAAAAGAGCUGACGCUUUGAAGAGCCUCGAAGCCGAAAACGAACGGGCUGCUUCCGAAUUGAGCGAGUCGAGCGUCUCGGAAGCAUCAGAUCGGCCCAUCUUUGAGUUUGAAGGAGAGGACGAGGCCAUCUUCAAGGAUCUGGAUGAGCUUCCUGGCUCGGACCAGCCGGGCUUCGGUUCAAGCGGAUAUGCUGUUGCUGGUAGCGACAACGGUCGUGUUCUAGCUCUAGUACAUGCCAAGGGCAAUAUGCUUUACGCUCUUGGUGACAAUGCCGGUGCUGCCAGAGCUUUUGAGAACGCAGUGCUCAUUGGAGCUGGACCCCACCCUAACGGUAUCGAUGGCCUCAUUAGGCGCAUUCUUGCUGUUGUUGGGUACGAUGUGUCGGAACGCUCUCCAGGAGGCCGUCGUAUGUCUCCAUCAUCUGAUCCGAUCCUGUUACCGCCAGAUGCGGCUACUAGGACGGCUCAGCUUUGUUUCCAGCCGCACGGUCAACUGCCUGGUCUCAAGCACGUUCCUAGUGAAGGACUUUCUAGAAAAGCGGCUAUAUCGACCACAAGCAACUCUUUGCUGUCACUAGCGAAGAUCUUCCAAGACGGUAUGGCAACUAAUUCACCCAAGACUACCGUGUACCAAAGCAAUUACGGUGUGCGAGAAAUCCUAGCACUUUACUACCUAUCGCUCUCAUUACAGCCUAGUCCGUCGACAGCCAACAACGUAGGCAUACUCCUCGCUAGCGUACAGCAGUCCGCGCCUUCCAAGGCCAGUCCAAUGUCGCAUGCGUUCGCACAUCCUCAAAUUCCUGGACUCGUCCCCGGCAGUGGAGUAGCUCUUGCGCUUGCCUACUAUUAUUACGGACUCCAACUGGACCAGUCCCAUGCACACCUCUACACGAACCUCGGAAGCCUCUUGAAAGAUAUUGGGCAGCUAGAUUACGCCAUAAACAUGUACGAACACGCCGUGAAGUGCGAUUCUAACUUCGACAUCGCUCUUGCCAAUCUGGCCAACGCUGUUAAAGACAAAGGUCGGAUCGCCGAUGCUAUCUAUUACUACAAGAAAGCCGUUAAAUCCAGUCCUGACUUCGCUGAAGCUGUUUGUGGGCUUGCCAACGCCCUCAACUCUGUCUGUAACUGGGCUGGUAGAGGUGGCAUUGCUGAAGAUGGUGGCUCGAGAGAUCGUUGGCACGUGAACGAUAGCGGCAUGCUUCUGGACGCAAGGAUCCCUGGUGCAUCAAGCUCCGGUUGGAUUCAUAAGGUUGUUAAAUUGGUCGAGAAGCAACUUGCCGAUGGUGAAGAUUGGGGUCGAGGCAUGAUGAAUGAACAGUUCAUUUAUGAUGUUGUUCGUCCAUUGUCCCUCACAGGGAGCGUACAAGAUGUAAAAGAGAAGGAAACCAGCAUGGUAUCUGUCUUGCAUAAGUGGAAAGGACAAAAGUGGGAAGGCGCUCGCAUCGUGCGACUUGUCGAGCGUGCUAUACGAUGGAUGACUUGGCAAUGGUACCAGGACCGCUACAUUACUGGAACGCAGCGACCGCCGAUGUCUUACAAGAGGCCCCAACUGCCAGCAGCUCUAACGGUACCCGCAGCACCUACCGUCCUUCCUUUCCACACAUUUACGUGCCCUAUGUCAGCUAAACAGAUUCGUCUCAUCUCGCAACGCAACGGACUACGCAUCUCGACCUCGACGUUAAGGGUCCCUUGGCUGCCGCCAACCGUCUACCAGCCUCCUGCGCCACCACAACCAUAUCUGAAGGUUGGCUACGUAUCGUCAGAUUUCAACAAUCACCCAUUAGCCCACCUAAUGCAGUCGGUAUUUGGUCUUCACAAUCCAAGCAGAGUAAGGGCAUACUGUUACGCUACUACAGCGAGUGAUGGAUCGGAGCAUCGCAAACAGAUUGAAAGAGAAUCGCCGGUGUUCUACGAUGCCAGCAGUUGGUCAGCGGAACGACUUGUCCAUCAGAUAACUCACGACGGUAUACAUGUCCUUGUGAACCUGAAUGGUUACACUAGAGGCGCACGAAAUGAAGUUUUUGCUGCCCGUCCUGCACCCAUCCAGAUGGCUUUCAUGGGUUUUGCAGGCACUCUAGGCGCCGAGUGGUGCGACUAUCUACUCGCCGACGACACCGCUGUACCUCCGGAUACCCUCCGACAGUGGCGCCGUAACGUCGAUCUCGAAGAUGCCCUCGUAGAUGACAACAGUGGUGGAAGUGAUGAGGAAUGGAUCUAUGGAGAGAACAUUGUCUUCUGCCGAGACACCUUUUUCUGUUGUGACCAUCGACAGAGUGCUCCGGAUUCACAAGGACGACAGCCCAACUGGGAGGAAGAGCAGCAACGACGAUGGGCCAUGCGCAAAGAAAUCUUUCCGAACCUCUCGGACAAUGCGAUCAUUCUUGCAAACUUCAAUCAGCUGUACAAAAUUGAGCCUACUACGUUCCGUACCUGGUUGCGCAUUCUCGAAAAGAUACCUAAUGCAGUCCUGUGGCUCUUGCGAUUCCCCGACCUUGGCGAAACGAACCUCAAACAGACAGCUCUUCUCUGGGCAGGUGCAGAGGUGGCAAGUCGCAUCAUGUUCACCGACGUCGCGCAGAAACAUCAGCAUAUCUCCAGGGCCCGUGUGUGUGAUCUCUUCCUCGACACACCAGAGUGCAAUGCACACACGACUGCUGCCGACGUUCUUUGGUCUGGAACACCGCUGCUUACGUUACCCCGCUAUAAAUACAAAAUGUGCUCCCGUAUGGCAGCCUCGAUUCUUAAGGGUGCGCUACCGAAGACGCCAGCGGGUGCGCAAGCGGCAAAAGAACUCAUUGCCAUCAACGACGAUGAAUACGAAGCCAUGGCUGUUCGCCUUGCGCGUAAUUGCACCUACAAUGGGCACCGAGCCCAGGGCCGCCUGAGUGAGCUUCGCCGUAUGCUUUACGAAUCACGAUGGACAAGUCCACUUUUCGACACCAAACGAUGGGUCAGAGACCUAGAAGACGCUUAUGAGAUAGCAUGGAAGAAGUGGGAGAAGGGUGAAGGUGGCGAUAUCUGGUUGCAACAUGAACAACCCUCGCGCGCUUAG